UCAAGCUCUUCCUCCGCCGCUGCCCCCCCACAGCUCUCAUUCCCUCACCAAAUCGGCAGGUUCAUCCUUGAUCACCAUUUCCUUCCUCUGCUUCUCCGUCUGUGUGGGUCUGUCGGUUUCUUGAUCGACCAAGGGCAUGGCGACGACGGCGGACUGGCGCGGCUAUAUGCCCGAACUUCCUGCGGCGAUGUACCGCAUGGCCGAGAGCAGGGACCAGGUGAUGCACGCGUUCGCCCCGCCGGCGGCGCACGGCGCGGCGCCGACCAUCUCCUUCUCCUUCCCCUGCCCCGGCGCGGAGCAGGGCGGGGGCGCCGGCCUGCUCCGUGGCGCCAGCUACCUCACCCCCGCGCAAAUCCUCCAGCUCCAGUCGCAGCUGCACCACGCGCGCCGGGCGCCGCCCGGCGCGGCCAUGGCCAUGGCCGCCGUGGGGCAGCCGAUGAAGCGGCACGGCGUGGCGGCGCUCCCGGCGCGGCCGGCCGCCAAGCUGUACCGCGGCGUGCGGCAGCGGCAUUGGGGGAAGUGGGUGGCCGAGAUCCGCCUGCCCCGCAACCGCACCCGCCUCUGGCUCGGCACCUUCGACGCCGCCGAGGAGGCCGCGCUGGCCUACGACGCCGCCGCCUUCCGGCUCCGCGGCGAGUCCGCCAGGCUCAACUUCCCCGAGCUCAGGCGCGGCGGCCAGCACCACGGCCCGCCGCUCGACGCCGCCAUCGACGCCAAGCUCCACUCCAUCUGCCACGGGGAGGACCCGCCACAGAGCCAGAGCAAUGCAACGCCGACGCCGACUUCUUUCCCGGACGUCAAGAGCGAGCCAGUCUGCUCCGUCUCCGAGAGCUCGUCGUCGGCCGACGGCGAGGUGUCCUCGUGCUCCGACGACGUCCCGGAGAUGCAGCUUCUUGAUUUCUCGGAGGCUCCGUGGGACGAGCACCUGCUGAGCAAGUACCCGUCGCUCGAGAUCGACUGGGACGCCAUCCUUUCCUGAAUCAAGCUGCUAAUGCUUGGUUCAUAGCUCGAUCAAAGUGAUUGCUUCUGCUUUUAUUAGGCUCUUGGAUAGGUUAUGGGUUUGAUCAAGUAUUCAUGUGUACCACCAUCGACCCCUGCUCUGCUUGGUUUUUGAAUGGCAUUGACAGGAAGGAGGUUCUAUGUAGAAAUUUAAGUAUCUCAUGUAGUUUAUGAUUCAAUAAAGAUACACUUUGGUACUUGAAA